AAGUGAAGAGAUGACUUGAAACUGUUGCCUAGCAACAGAAUCUAAAAGUAAACAAUAUCGAAAGUGUAAAUUCAUCACAUGUAUGUAAAUGCAUCAAAUGAACUUUCUUUCUCAGGUAUUCAUUCCAAUAGAAGAUGAAAAGUUUCAUCCAAAUAUUUUUUUUGUUUGGAAUGUAAAAUUGAAUUAAUUAUUGAUAUGACAAAAAAUACUUCGUGGUCAAAAAACAUUGAAACUGUUGACACCAGGAUAAAGAACUGUAUAGCAGAAAUUUCAGCUGUUUUUGAUGGUAUAGAGAAUCUUGAAUCAGAUUUGAAUAUAUUAAGUCCAAAUGAAGAACUUUCUGAAGAUUUCUAUAAAUUCCUUAAAAGACUGUGCUUGUCUUUGAAAGAAUCACCAGGAAUAGCUCAAUUCAUUUUACCUCAUUUGGAUGAGCUGCGAAGGCAAAAUUUUCUGAGCUUACUACAAGUGUCAUUUAUACCAUCAUUAGAUUCUACUGCUUCUGAAACUGAAGCUAUAAAAUGGGAAAACCAGAUUAAUUUCUUAUGGUGCAGCUUGUGCAAUCACUUAGAUAAACUGUCACUUUCUUUUUUAUUCGAUAGUUAUACAACAAAUACCUUGUUAAAUAACUAUUUAAAUAUUUCACUUCUGAAAGAUUAUAUUACCACCUUACAUAAAAUAUUUGUUCCUGAGUUGGUGUGGGAAAAAUAUGUUUCAUAUCGUAAAAAAUUCUUAUUAACUUAUAACUGCUCUUGCUCCACCAAAAGUGCUUGUUUUAGAUGUUUUGUAAAAGUUUGUGGCAACUGUGUUCAAGAAGAUGUAUUUCUUCUUUAUAUUGGUUGUUUUCAUCCAUUAAUUAUUACAAAAUCAAAUAUACUUGAAACAUACAUAAAUAUUAUUGAUGAAAAAUUUCAAGAGCUUAUGCAGUUUUUAAUUAGGUGUUUAAGUUGCAAUGAUAUUAUAGAUAAAGAAAUUACUUCUUUUAUUUUUCCUAGUCUGGCAUCUCAUGAUAAAUUUUCUAAGACAUGUUUAACUUGCUUUCUGCAAAACAUUGUUAGUAAUGAGAUUGAAGGAAAUAUAUCUGCAUUAAAUGGAAGUAUUAGCAGAACAAUUUUUACUCAAGCCAUUAUUAAAAGUAUUGAAAUUAUAUCAUGUUUUGAAGAUCGACUGAAGAGUAUUUUUGGUCGUGAAAAAAAUCAACACAAAAUAUUUCAUUAUCAUUAUGAGGAAUUUUCUAAUUUAUACAAAGGAAAGUUUUCCCUACCAGAUGAAAGUCCUGAACAGUCACCAUUUAAUAAAUCAUCAAGCAUAAAAUCACCCAGAAUAUUACAAACAUCUGACGAAAAUAAAAUUUCUUUUAUAUGGAAUUGGAGGAUGACUAUGGUUGAAAGUGGAUUCCUUAGUCUUCUACAAAAGUCUUUACAAAAUGAAGUUGAAACUGUUUUAAAAACAUCAAUCGACAGAGAAACAGAACUUUUAAAAUCCAAAGACUGGAAGAAACUUCUCUCGUCUGAUAUUCCACCGUUUGCAUCUACCUCUGUACAAAUGACUACUUUACUUCAUAGUGUCUUAGACACCAUAGUCAUUUUAGAUAAAUACCUGGACGUACUUCUUACUACUUGUGAUUCUUUUUUAUCAUUCAAGUCAUCAUUUUCUCAUAGUCUUGAAACUUAUGUUAUUGAUCUGAUUUCUCACUUGAAGCAAAUUGCUUAUCAUAGUAAAAAUGUUGAAAUUUACUACGAAUAUAUUGCUAUUAAUAAUGGAGUAUUCUUGAAAAAUAGGCUUCUCAACUACUGUGGAGUAUUAAAAGGACCUGCAUCUGAGUCUCCCCAAAAUAAUAUUUGCAUUUCUGCCUCUCAAUUAGUAGACGACUUAUUGGAAUCUGUUUAUUUACAUCAUUAUAAGUAUAUAAGUUGCGGUAUUAUGUUUGAUGCUGACAGUUUCAAUUUUCAAGAUCAAAAGCCUUUCUUUGAAGGUGAGAGAGUUUCUUACAGUAUUCAAAUGUGGAAUCUCUAUAUGAAAGGAAUGUACCAGGAUUUUGUAUACCUCCUACCUCAAGAUGUUGCUCUAGAGCUUUAUGGGAAGAUCUUAGCCAGCAGCUUGGAACAUUUCUUAAUGAGGUAUUCACAUUGCAAUCCAAGUGAAGCUAGGACACCUCAAAUCAGAAUGGAUAUUACGGCUCUGGUUCUAUGUGCGAGUGAACUGCUGUGGCCUGCUUGUUCAUAUGUGUCACAUUUCAUUGGGUCAAAAUUAGAUAUGGAAGAAAAUGUCAUAGUUUCCUCUAUCAACAAAAUUCAUAGUUCUUGUUGUUUCCUUCUCGCAAUUCUUUCAGUUUUAACUUCUCCUAUUAUAAGCCUUCACAAGAUUUUUAAAAGUGGCUUUCCGCAUGCCCAGUUGUCUGUUCGAACAAAAUAUGAAUCAGUUUCCCCAUGGCUUCCCUGGGUCAGAAAAGAAUUAUUUACUGAUUUUGACCAACAUCAAAGUUCUCUUAGUACAUCUGUCUGGUUUUCUGUCAGAGUUGCUACGUCUUGGACUUUCCCAAAUCCACUUGCAGUAGUAAAGGCUUACAUUGAACAAAACUGCACGUUAUCUGUGUUAUUACUGAUGGAAGCUUCUUUGCAUGAUGGCAAAGAAAAAAAUAUGACAGAGCUAUUUUGUCAGAAUAAAAGCAGAAAUAUAGAAUUGGCUUUCUCACUGUUAGAGUUGAUGAAAUGUUUUGACAAAUCUUUCUUCAUUCAAAAUGCCUUUCUCCCUGUUAUAGAAAGAGAAAAUGGCUGGAAAGAAUUUGACCUGUCUUCUGAAAAAUUGCCAAUGCCUGAGAGGUCUUGGUGGUAUAUAGCUUUCCUAAAGUCACUGAAGCCAUAUUUUGAUAACAUAAUUGAAGACAUGUCACAUUUUUUGAUUGUGAUAAAUAAAAAAACUGCUGAUUCUGAAACAUUGAAAUCUUGGAAGGAUAUCAAGGAGAGCUUCAAAAACUUUGUCAUUUGUUUGUGUGACAAAAAUCCUUUAAAUUUUCUACAAGAUGACUUCGAAAUUUCCAAUGAAGUAAUUGCUUUUUUAUGUGUUGAAAAGGUCUUAAAAAGCAUGUACAGCAAUUUAGUCUUUAUUCCAAUGUCUCUCAAAUGCUUUUUAUUCUCAUUGGAUUCAAAUGUUAAGAAUUAUGUGCCAGAGAUACAGCCAUUCAAAAAUUCCGUUCCUCUUCAGGUUCUCGUAUCAGGCACAAUUCGUUCUCUCACAGAUUCUAUUCUUAAUAACAAACUGACAGAUAGCAGCAAAACAUUGCUAUCUCUUACUGUUAAGUCUCUCUCUUCUCUUUUAUUUGACUCUGCUGACAACAUCAUCAUAAAAAAUAACAACUUAAAAGUAUUGAAUGGUCUAUUUCUCAACAUUGCUGAAAGUUUUUAUAAUCUAAAAAAGCAUUCAGAGAACAAUCACAAAAACAUACAGGUAAAAGAAGUAUUGAAUGAAACUUUAGAUUUGAUGGUGCAUAAAGUGUUGCAGUUGCUAAAUGGAAAUGAAAUAAUUUUGUAUCUUCACAAAAUGUUGAAACACAAUCUAAAUUGGAUUCAAAAGAGCUUAGCAAUACCUGCUAUGUCUUCUUGUUAUACUGUAUUAAACUCCAAUACUCCGUCCCCUUUUUUCUGCCAAGAUUCACUCGGAGAUGAUCAAAAAAGUUUAUCUUUAUUUCAAGAGCAGAAAGAUGUUACCGUAGAUAAUAAUUCUGUUGAAGAUAAAUCAGUUCUUGAAAGUAAGAAAGAAUCAUUGGAUUCAGGCUGCAAUUCAGAAAUUUAUAGAAGAGGUUCUUUAAAAAUUAUAGAAAAUAAUUUUGAAAGAAACUGUCAUGAAGAAACAUUGAACAUAGAUUUUGAUGACAAUAUUUCUCCGCCAAGCUACCAUUUUAAUCCUCUGGAAGUAUUUGACAUGGUUGGAGACAGUUCCUUCACCCAGAUUGCAGCAGAAGAGACUGAAAUAUCUUGGGAUGCUAUUCUCAGUCAUUUGCCAGUCUUCGGCCUUACGGAAGUUAAUUUUAGCACUCUUCUUUCUCAUAGAUGGGACAUAAGAAAAGAAGGACCCUUAAAUGAUGAAGAAUUAAAGUGUGUCGAAGAACUGAAGGACAUUUAUAAAUUAUCUACUAAUUAAUACAUUUGUAUCAUUAUUUCAUAUUUGUAUUAAAUAAAAUUAAAUCUAUUAUCUUAUAUAAAUUAAUUACAGUUUAACAAGAUUAAACUUCACACAAUAGUCAUUUUAAACCACUCAUUUCUUCCAGUUGAUAAAUCAGCUAGUAUAAACAAGCAGGCCUGUUUAUUUAUUUAUUUAUUAUAAAUUGCAAAAUAAUUUGAGAACAGAUACAAAAUUGCUAAUAAA